UCACAAUUGAAUGCCAUAGUUGAAUAACACACAGGGCAAACAACACAGUGAGAAAAUUCAUUUUUCCUCCAGUUUCCGAUUCAACUGUGGGAAAAAAAAUAUUUAAUGGCAAAUCCCCCGCGCCUCUCUCCCCUCCUACUCCUUUCCCUCUACCACACACAACAUUCAGAGUAAUCGUUGCACGCACAUUCAUACCCGCACACACAUACAGACACGCCUCUCCGUGGCAUCGCAGCCAAAGCACCAGUGAUCCUCUACCACAUCAUCGUCUCUCUGUCCUUUCACCCCAUAUUGUCAUACCAUCGUCCGUCGUCACCAUGGCACCUCUUACCCGCAAGCGCAAGGCGGAGAUAGAGGCCGCCGAAGCAGAAACAACCAACAUCUCGAAGAGGGUUCGUCUUGACAGAGUGCCCAAGGGCCCUCAGAGUCCCGAGCGUAUCCGGCCCUUCCAGAGAACUGACCCGUUCCGUCCUCUUUCCCCCCGCCCCAAGGAGGUCCGUACCCGCAAGCUUUCCUACCCGGUGAAGUUGUGGAAGCUCAAUCCCAAGACCGUCGAGCCUCCGCGCCCGCUCCCGAUUGUCUUCUUCACUGAGCCAAUGGAAAACCCCAUGAACCAGCUUUCUGCCAAGUCUCGAAGCAGCCACGAUGUCGAUACUAUCCUGGCGAUGAAGUCGCUUUAUGAACACGCCCACAAGUACGGAGCAGUCGCGUUGCCGACCAAGGACACUCUUGAGUCCUGGCUAGAGCAGAAUAAGGACAAGUUCAUCCAAGCUCGCAAGUCUCAGAGCAACGCCCGACAGCCACAGCCACCUGUGCAGCGUAAUAACAACGCUCCCCGCCAUGCUGACCCGAUGAUAGCGGCUCUUCCAGAAGUCCCAACUAUGGAGCACCCAGCUGUCCGGCGGCGCCUAACAGCGGCGACCAUACUUCGGAGAUCGGCCAAAUCGGCCUGUCGUACCGCUUCCCGCCUCGUGCGCGCUACUAGACAUCAUAUAGCCACGGCACUCGAGGCCACCGCACACCUAGUCCGGGGAGUUGAAGGGCCAGCACCAGAGGUCGAGUUUCUCCGUGACAUAGAGGAUCAGGAGGCGGAGGACAGUGCCCGGCGGACUGCUGUUCUUGAAGCAGUCCAGGCCGGUGAAGCGGAGCCCCUCCGAGUCCGGCCAAUCGCACCGCCGCUAGACACUCGCUUCUUCCACCCGAACGGUCAGCUCCAGACGGUCUACAAGUAUCUGACGGCACAGAUUCCCCUCCCGCGACAAUGGGUCGACUGGGCGGUCAAUAACGGCAUCUACACCGUAGAAGGUCGCGGGGAUAUCCGGGAACCCGGUUGUUACGUGGCUGAGGAUACGUUUGACUAUGACCAUCUGCAUCUUGCGAUUCAUCGCGGUAGCUUCCGGACCGGACGUCGAGAGAUCGACAGUUUCCCGGAGCAUUGGCCCAUUGCUGGGGGGCUCAGAGACAACUACACGCUCGAUCUGAAUCUGCACCGCUUCACCGGCCAUUCAACCAAGCGCAUAGAAGGCCCUGCGGAGCUCGAACAGGGUGACACAGGCAACAGAACGCAGUUGGCUGUUGCAGAGGAUCUCGAGCCCGAGCCUCAAGUCCUCUCAGAACCAGCGACUUCCGGGGGACUGGCAUCAGAACCAUCGUGUAUAGCAGAUUCUUCCCCUACACCGUCUCGAAUGCCUGUCACAUCGUUGGCCCCUGAGCUUUCCCCACAUAUUCUCCCCAGCUCUCGUGGCAUAUCCCAGUUAGGGACAUAUUCGCCUCCUGCUCAACGAUCGGUAGCCCUAGCCGAACCAGCUGCGACCCCACCACCUAGUGACGAGCCAACAGAUGUAGGACUAUCACCUAUCUUGGAGGUUUCUGAGACCCCUCUCGGCGGUUUGGCUCCGAAUAAGAAGCGAGUCCGGUUCGUACUGCCCGACACUCCGGGCGCAUACCCGGACUGGCCUGCCAGUAGUAGCCCGCGAUCCCCAAGCCCCUAUCCUACGCCCACACCCAUAUCCCGAAGGGAUCUUUGGCGCCAGGAAAACGACGUCUCUGCUUCUCCUGCCAUGUUUGGGCUCCCGGAGGACUUCUAUGACACUAGUUCGGAGGGUUUCCCAAGCCCCAUCCUGAACCCCACGACGGCACGACGCGCCAGGACAACAGCAGAUGAAGAGGCCGAAUACGAUAAAGAUGAAGACGGGGAAAUACCCCUGCCGGAGACCCCGCCGCCGCCGCCUCGCCCUUUCACGCCGACUCCUAGCCCCGGCGGAACCUUCGGCCUGCCCGACGACUUCUACGACGGUUCAGACUCAGAUUCCAACUACAACAGCAGCGGCCCUGCUGACACUUCGAUGCUCGAAGGCGCCAGCUUCGGCAGCGAGCUUGAAGAGAAGAGUCCAACCACAGAACGACAACACCAGAGUCAGGAAUACCUCCGCCAAGCGCGUGCGGCACUACGUGGUGAGAUUCAGGAUACCGGGUCUCAACGACGAAUUGCCUCGCCUAGAUCUCGGCAGUGGUCCUGAGUUUUCCGACGAGACAAUUUGGUCCUAUUGCCGUCGCUGUUGACGAUAACCCUAGUGACUCGGAACCAGACAAAGUAGGCUCUAUAGCCACGAUAGUAGUCCGGGAGGAAUGUCACAGGCAUGCAGAUAAGCAAAGCGAAGCAGCAUUCUGCAUUGAAACCUAAGACAGACGGGUCCGGGCCGAUGGAGAGAGAACCAGAAAAGGAAAUCCUCCAUGCAUACUUGGUACUGGUCCAUCCGGUGCCUCACGGGAAAGCUGGCGCUUCCCUCCCUUUCCAUCAUCCCUACCCAAUUAGCCUUCACAGGCUCUGUUGGAAGAAUGACCUCACCUCACCAGCCGGUCAGUUAU